UAAUAAUCCCACAAUUAGAAGCAGUUCUUAACACAUGAAAGGAGGCAAUGCCAAGUCCCGCUUUAGAGUAAGGUUUGGAGGUGUUCAUCAAUGAAAUGAGCAACGAGAAGCAGUCCGAGCCUAGAGAUGGCGCCGCACGAACUCCGACGUCCGUUUAAACGGCCGGCGAUCUCUGACCAGCAACGGCGACGCGACCUCGCGCUCAUCCGGCAAACCCAACAACGCUCCGAUUCACAGAACCGUGCCCGCCGCCUUGCCUCCUCCCUCUUCGACCUGCCGAGCCACUCUUUUCCCGACGCAUGCCAAGCCGACUUCCCCGACAACGUAGACGUCGGUUAUGCCAUCGCGCUGGAGCAGUCUCCUGAGCUGGAAGCUUCUUCUCCUACGGUUAGGCAUUUGGAUUUUGUCCAGGCCUCAAAAUUGAAGGGCUCCGCAGCCCGCCACUGGUUUGCCCGCCAGCUCAUGCUCACGGAAUGGAUGAUUGACGUUCCUCCUAACCUAGAUCGCGAUUGGUACGUCUUUGCAAGGCCUGCUGGUAAGCGCUGCUUUGUUGUUUCUUCAAAUGGUUCUACAGUGAGCAGACUUCGUAAUGGCUCUGUUCUGCAUCAUUUUCCAUCUUCCUUGCCUAAUGGUGCCAGGACAAAAGAAAUAUCAGCUCCAUCACAUGUUUAUUGUAUAUUGGAUUGCAUAUUUCAUGAGCCUGAUCAAACAUAUUACGUGAUUGAUAUGGUUUGUUGGCGAGGAUACUCAUUAUAUGAUUGUAGUGCCGAGUUCAGAUUCUUUUGGUUGAACUCAAAGCUUUCAGAGACUGGGGCCUGUAAUCCUCCGUCAACAUACCAUAGGUAUAGAUUCAGCGUCGUACCAAUUUAUGAUUGUAAUCGGAUUGGCUUGCAUAAAGCAUAUACAGGCGGCUUUGCUUUUGUCAAAGAUGGCCUACUGUUUUACAACAGGCAUGCACACUAUCAGACUGGAAAUACUCCUUUGGCACUUGUAUGGAAGGAUGAACUCUGUAGCCAGUAUGUUUUGGAUACUGACAGCGAAGGACAUGUUCCAGCUGAACAGCAGGUUGUCCUGGAGUUGCAAGAUGAUGGAAAGUUGACUACAUCUGAUGAUCCUCCAAUUCUAUUUGGCUGCUUGGAAAAAGAGAUCAUACAGAAGUCAAGUUUUCAGGCUGGAAAUUUUCUUCGGUUCUCUGUCAUUGAUGAAUGUGUGAGAAUUGUUGAUGGUAAGCUGGAGUUGGGAGACCUUAAAUUUGUUGGCAAAGCAAACCGGGCACGUGCUUUUGCAGAUAGCUACUCAAAGGUAUUCUUCCAGUACACAGCUCGUCACUCUCCUCUCCAAUUCCAGGAUCUUAUAGCUUCCCUCGACCCAAAUCUUGAUGAAAACUCUGAAAGCAAUGACAUGGAGAUGAUUGACUGAUCGGAAACUGUUAUACUCCAAGAAUGAUAGCCUCAAGUUUUCCACAUUCCCUGUUAGCAGUUCCAAUCUUUGGUCACGAGAACGGGCUACUUUUAUAACUAAUUAAUCUCCAUUUAUCAGCAAAUGGUGUAUUUGGAGGCUGUCAGGGAGCUUAUGUUUGUCAUGGGUUGUGUUCAAAUUUAGGAGGUUCAUCAACUUCUUUUUAACUGAGAAGGCCAAGAGGAGUUCAACAAUUAGCUCUGUGACAGCCAUCACAGGUGUACUGAUUGAUGUUCAUGGGAUGAUGACAUAUAAACGAAAAUAUCUGCAGAAAAAAAAAAAGUAUAUGGAUGUAUGUAUGUAUGUAUUUAUAACUUAUUUUAAUAACUGAUGUUAAAUUCUUCAGUUAGCAUUGGCUGGUUGCUUUUGUUGUAGAGCUCUGAAAAUGUCUCCAUGGUUGCUUUGUCGCCACUGAGGCAGUCAUUACUGUAACCCAGAAGAUUAGAGCUUAUGUUGUUAUGUUUAUUUUACUGAAUCAAAUAUGCUUGGUAAAUUAAGAAGGAAAUCUUUUUUUUUUU